AUGGCAGUGAUUCUCUGUAGGUUUGAUCAUCAUUUAAUCAAAGGAUUCAAAGCAGCAGGUAGUAGUCUUUUAGCACCUUGGUCUAAUGUCCAGCACUUAGGUCAUAAAUCGCUCCACUCACGCAGUAGUUGUUUAGAUUGCGGUGAUACGGUAGAGUAUGUCAUUCCAGGUUUAAAGGAUAUGAAAGUGGAUGACGUCUUGAACAAGUUUAAUGGAUUGACACAAACCCGACCUUUGCCCUGUGUUUGUAAGUUUAAUCAACUGUUGGAUGACGUCUUCCACAUGGAACACUAUCCUCAUUCAGUCCAACUUUUUAAACAAAUGUGUGCCAUUGGUGUUCCUGUUGACGAGUGCACUGCUAAAUUUGCCAUCCAGUCUUAUUCUGGCAUGAAUGAAAUCCGACAAGGUUUUGCCGUCUUGGGUUAUUGUUUCAAGCUUGGUAUUGAACCCGAUAUUUCUAGUUAUAAUACACUCUUAAACUGGUUCGUCACGAACCACAGGACACAUGAUGCAGAGACGUUAUUCAAAAAGUUGUUCCGCAUCAAUAACGACCAAUUUGAUCUUUACACAUACAACGCUAUGAUUAAAGGUCUUUGCAAAAUCGGGAAUCACUUUACAGCUAUUGGUUUGCUUAGGCUUAUGCGUAAUGGGGAAUCACCUAAAUUGAAGCCUAGUUAUGAUGAGAUUCGUACAGUUCUCACUGUUGCUGACACAUAUGACACAAUCAUUGAUGGUUUAUGCCAAGAUGUAACAAUGAUAGAUGAUGCUUUCAAGCUCUUUAAAGAAUUGGGCUCUUGGUCACGUGUCACCACCAUCAACUCUUUGAUUUAUGCUCUUUGUAUGUCAGGUCGUUGGGGUGACGUCUCUAGGAUGCUAAGAAAAGUUAGGGAUGCACGUAUGUAUCCGACUGCAGAAACCUUUGACAUAUUAGAUGAUGCAAGUCAAAAACAAGGUAAGCAGUGUACAUUUGAUGCAUUAAUCAUCAUGAGAAACUGCGGGUUUGACAUCGAUACUGACUUAUUAACGAGGUCGGUGAAGGGGGCUUACUUUAAAAGAAACAAGUUACUGGCAGGGAAUAGCAAGUACGGAAUGGUAGAUGAGGCUAUGAAUAUGUACUCAGUAAAAGUUGAAACUACCAACUGCGACUUCUUCAUCAACAAUACUGCCCGAUCCCAAAGGUAUGCAGAUUUUACGGCUAGGGUCAUUUUACAGUCUAAAUCCCCCCCUUUUGACAAGCAGCAGCCAGCAGCAGAACUGUUUUAUCUAUCCAAACGCAAGUCGUUAGACCAUUGUCGACAUAGAAACUAUGAAGUGGUGGACUUUCUUACUUUGCACCCACAUGCUGAUGUGCACGGUAUGAUCAUUGAUUUUGCAAGCAGCAUCGGCAAGUUUGAUGUUUCCAGACUUCUUUUCCAGGAUCUGUUGUUUGAAAGAGGAUUGCCACCGCCUACCGUCAAGACAUAUGGAGUGAUGAUUCGUGGUUUUUGUAGGCGGGGUCUUCUCAAAGAUGCAAAACGGUUGUUUGAUGAAAUGGAAAAGAGAGGCUGCGAGCCGGAUAUUCUGAUUUUCAACGAUCUUAUCCAAGGAUAUCUGGAGAACAAACCCUUACAUGAUGUGAUUUCAUUUCUAGAGGAAUUGCACGGAAGAGGUUACAGUGUCAGCGAGACAAUCAGUAACCCAAAUAUAAUGAAGUUGAUUGAUCAAUUAAGAUACGGGGCAGCAAAUAUUCCAGAUAACCUUCUCAUAUGA